AUGGGGGACUUUGCUUCCGCCCAUAACAACAUGGCAGAUCACGUCCAGCACCUGGAGGAAAAGGUAGAAAAGCUGGACGCACAGAUGGCUGAUGCUGAAGAUAGGGCGCGGAGGAACAACAUUAGGCUUCGAGGGGUACCGGAAUCAGUUCAGCAGGCGGACCUCCAAGCCUACGUACGAGGCCUGCUGAGGGCCUACGCACCAGACAUCCCGGCAGACAUGAUGUUAAUUGACCGGAUACACCGCAUCCCUAAACCGACAUACCUACCAGACUCCACACCGCGAGAUGUGCUGUUCCGGGCCCACUUCUUCCACAUUAAGGAACUGGUCCUCAAGGCGAGCCGCACGAGGGAGAAACCGCACGAAGACUACCCAGCGGUAAAGCUCUUCAAUGAUCUAUCUGCAGCAACGCUAAGGAAAAGAAGAACAUUCCAUCAGGUAGCAGAAGCUCUACGGCAACACAGAACCAAGUACCGCUGGGGCUACCCGACCAAAAUGCUGGUCCAACAUGGUGGAACACUCAGACCCAUUUCCACGCCGGAGGAGGGCAUCAAGCUCCUAAAAGAAUGGAACAUACCCAUCCCGUCAACUGAGCCACAUAGGCACCCGAUCAGGAAGACCACACAGGAGUGGAGCAAAGCCCGCAAGAGACUUAUAUAA